AUGGAUGAGGAAAUCUGGGAUUUCGACUGUACCGGUUCUGUCAUGAGAUUCGAUGACAAGGAACUCAAACUCAACGAGCAGUUAACAGAGGUCCUUGAUGAUAGAAUGGGCCAACGACAUGUUCUUGCCUUCGCAGAUGACAUCAAGACCGAGGAGCGCUAUCUGGUGAAGAUUCGUUACGAUGAUGCCGGGUAUGGACCGAAGUAUGUAGCCCACUGGGGGCAGUUUCAAGGUAGUGGAUGGCCUUUUUACGGAGGUGCUGUCUUCUUUCUUGUCAUGGGUACUGUUCCCGGGGAGGAUGUCGAUGAGAUCCGCGACGAACUGUCGGACAGGCAGCUAGACAACAUCAGAAGCCAGCUAGCUCGUAUAUUAGAGCUCAUGCGAACAAAUGGAUACAAGCUAUACGAGCAGCAUCCCAGUUUUCUACGCUACGACAAGGUGGCAGACAAGUUAUAUCUAGUUGAACUUACAUUUAUCGGCUUUACGGAUCCAAACAGUGAAACUUCUAUCCCAGUGACACAGGACAACGUGUAUGUGGAGGCCUUCAACAUCUGGCGAUACCCUUACGAAGAGCCCCCUCAAGCCCCUCAGUCUCCUCUGUCUACCCAGUCGCUAUACCCAGCUCAGUCACAGGACCGCUCCAAGGAAAAUGCCCCCCCAGAUACACGUUCGCCACGGGAGCCUGAGCAAGCUAGUAGCAGCAAGUUACCUCACCGACCGGCCGGAGACCGAGGUCGAGUUGAGCGGAAACGUCCGCCACGGAACUAUGGUGGCAGACGUUGA